AGCCAGGUUUUAUAAAAAGUAAUUGAAAUAUAAUGAAAACUAGUAAUCAUAUUUACGACGAACCUUCUGAUGAAACAGGAUAUACACAACUUGCAUCAAUUUCAGAUAAUGUUCAAAAGUAUGACGACUUAAAGCAAUCAGACUCGCAUCACUCAUAUUUCGAACCUCAACCAAACCCUCAACCAUAUGUGAACAAAGAUGUGAAAGUAAGAUUGGUUGUUUCUAAUGUUCAUGAUAAAAAAUCAAAGUGUCUUAUAAGAAUAUGGAUAGCGUUCACUACUGUUAUCAUAAUAGGAUUAGUAGCUGGGCUAACAUACAUUGUGAUUCAAUCUAACUAUAAUACAGAAGUAUGUAUUAUAUCUAAAGACAGUAUAAAUGGAGGUUUUCUGAUAUCAAAUAUUUGGACAGAAUGUCCAAGUAAUUGGAAGACGUUCGAUAAUUGGUGUUAUAAAGAAUUUUCAGAACGGCGAUUAUGGUUUCAGGCUCGUGAAUAUUGUCGAAGUAUUGGAACUGAUCUUGUUAGUGUUCAUAAUGAAAAGGAAAAUAAUUUUCUAAUAACAAAUUUUACACAGACUUCUUCGUGGAUAGGACUCAGCAAUUUGCAUAACAAUGCGAAAUAUGUCUGGAGUGACGGAUCAAUUUUAAAUUUUACUGAUUGGGGAGAAUCAGAACCGAAUAACUUCAAUAAUAACGAGAACUGCGCCCAACUUUUUUUGAAACCGGACUCUCAAAAGUGGAAUGACAAUAAUUGUUUUAUGUCGUUAAGAUUUACAUGCAAAACGCAAAUUUAUCCAAAAUGUAGGCCUGGGGAAUGGUUAUAUCAUAAGAAUUCUUGUUAUUCAAUCAAUACAUUACUCGAUGUUGAUUUUACAGAAGCCCGUACAUUUUGUAGGGAAAAUGGUUCAGAUUUAGUUAUGAUUGGGUCUAAAGAGGAAUACAAUUUUAUAAUAAGUCAAACUACAAAACACCAAGGUGCUGAUUUUUGGAUUGGAUUACAGAAACACAGGAAUCAGACAUACAGCUGGAUAGAUGGCAGUCAUCCUACGUACCUCGCCUGGGGGAUAAAUGAACCCAAAGCAGAUAAUAAUUUAUGUGUCAAAUCAUCUAGCUUGUAUGGAAAUUGGUAUGGUGAUAGUUGCAGCAAUCAAAAUCUGGUUGUUUGCGAGAAACGAUUAAUUUGAAAUGAGUAAUUUGUCAAUUGUUUAAGGCGCAUGCAUGGUUCGAAUUAUUUAGUAUAUGUUUUUGAUUUAUUUGUUUUUAGUUUCUGUCCAAUGAUAUUAAAUGUUCUUUUUAUAUAUGUUUCUACUUUUACGAUACACUUUAUUAAAAAACUGUAUGCAACUGG